AUGGCUUUCUCCAGCAAUUCAUGCCCAGAAGAACUGACCUUCCCAAAAGGAUUUGGCUGGGGAGCAGCCACAGCAGCAUAUCAAGUGGAAGGAGGCUGGGAUGCAGAUGGAAAAGGCCCUAAUGUCUGGGACACAUUCACCCAUCAGGGAGGAGAUCGAGUUUUCAGGAACCAGACUGCUGAUGUAGCUUGUGGCAGCUAUACUCUGUGGGAGGAAGAUCUGAAAUGUAUCAAACAGCUUGGAUUGACUCAUUAUCGCUUUUCUCUUUCCUGGUCACGUCUGUUACCUGAUGGGACGACAGGUUUCAUCAACCAGAAAGGAAUUGAUUACUACAACAAGAUGAUAAAUGACCUUUUAGCAAAUGGCAUCACACCCGUGGUAACUUUGUAUCACUUUGAUUUCCCCCAACCUUUAGAAGAUCAAGGGGGCUGGAAAACUGGGGCGAUCAUUGAAGUUUUUGACGCCUAUGCCCGAUUUUGUUUUGGCACUUUCGGAGAUCGGGUCAAACUGUGGAUCACUAUAAAUGAGCCCAAUAUCCUUGCUCUGUUUGCUUAUGAAACAGGCAUGUUUCCUCCAGGUGUCCCUAACCCUGAAAUCGGAGCUUAUCAGGCAGUUCAUAAUAUGAUCAAAGCUCACGCCAAAGCCUGGCACAGUUAUGAUUCUUUGUUCAGAAAAAAGCAGAAUGGUCAGGUGUCCGUAGCAUUGUUCUCCCCCUGGGUUGCACCAGCCAAUCCCACAUCUGUAGCUGACCAGGAAGCUGCAAAAAGGGCCAUGGCCUUGGCCCUAGAUUCAUUUGCAAAACCUAUAUUUAUCGAUGGUGAUUAUCCCGCUGAACUGAAGUCCCGGGUUGCCGCCAUGAGUAAAAAGCAAGGUUAUGCAUCGUCAAGACUCCCCGAGUUCACAGAUGAAGAAAAGAAAAUGAUCAAAGGGACUGCUGAUUUUUUUGCUGUACAAUAUUACACGGCUAGCUUAGCAAAGCACCGGGAGAAUUCAGGGGGAGGACCGAGUCUUCUCAAGGAUAUAGAGGUUGAGGUAUUUCCUGAUCCAUCCUGGCAGGCUUCCUAUCCGGGAUCUUGGAUCUAUGUGGUGCCGUGGGGCAUUCGGGAACUCUUGAAAAACAUUAAGGAUACGUAUAAUAACCCUGUAAUUUACAUCACCGAGAAUGGAUUUCCCCAGGGUGACCCUGCUCCACUUGAUGACACUCAACGCUGGGAGUAUUUCAGACAGACAAUACAGGAACUGUACAAAGGUACCAUUUGAAAUGAUGAAAGAUCAAUUGUGCAAACUUAAUAUA